UGUCACUUUGCGGUUGAUUGCGGACUAAGGGACCAAGUUACAGCCCUUUACAUCUUGUUUCUCUUUAUCUCCGUCUUCCAGUAAUAUUUACUUCCGGAUAACUCCCACAAUGCCCGCCCGCAACCCCACAGGUUUCGACCUCGCUCAGUUCAAGGCCGCGGCCUCCCCAUCUUCCGUCUGGGCCAAGCGGGAUCCAUGGGCUCGCAAUGAGACCUGGCGCUACACCGGCCCCUUCAGCAGAAUCAACCGCUUCAAGGGUCUCUUCCCCGGCUUCGGUAUCGCGACUGUCGCUUUCGCUGGCUACUGCACAUACGAGCACUUCUUCAUGAAGGAUGAUCACCAUCAUGGCGACGCUCACCACGGUGACGGUCACCACUAA